CAAAAAAUGAACGUCGAGCCAACGCAUCCCGCUUGAGCAAAACCGCGAGACUGAAAAGUUCUUUGUACACAUAGUUUUUUUUAAUUUAUCGUGUGCACAUAAAACACGAAAAAUGGCUUGCAUCCGUAGCAUGAACGACUUUCAUAAGAAAAUGGAUGCUGCCGAGGGUAAGGUUGUGGUCUUGGACUUUUACGCCACCUGGUGCGAGCCCUGCAAAGACAUUGACAAGAGCGUCAAGUCCCUGGCCCGCAAGUACUCCACAAAGGCGAUGGUCAUCAAGAUCAAUGUGGACAAGUUCUUAGAUCUGGUGGAUCAAUACAAGAUCAAGAACAUGCCCACAUUUAUCUUCCUACGGGGCACGACGCGCCUUGCCCGCUUCAGCGGCGCCGAUGAGCACAAACUGAUUAAAACUAUGGAAAAGCUGACCAAGUAAAUCCAGCCAAUCAAGCCUCAGGCGGGAGUGAGCAGGCUUGACCGCAAAUUUAAACCUACCUUUUUUUUACUGAAUGUGCGUUAUGUGUUUUGUAACCCUCGAAAGAGGGAAAUUGUCUUUGUGUAUGUCUAGAAUAUAAGAAAUAUGUAUUUUUUGUGGAAACUGUGAAAUUUGUCAAACAUAACCUCACCAAAAUUGUAAGAGAAAAUUUAAUCUUUUGGCAUCUGCGAUGUCGCCUUAACAUAACCUCAAUCUCACAUAAGAAAAAGAAAACGAAAAGAAACAAAACAAAAAAUUGUGUAUGUAUGUAUGUAGUCGUGCAUCUGUGAUGCGAAAAUGCGAAAUGAAAAAGAGAAUGUU